CCCGUUCUCCUCUGCUCUCUCCGCCUCCAGGCGCUGCUGUCUUUACUGCUCUCGGGCCUUCUGCUCCUGGGGGAAAAGGCAAAGGGCACUUCCUGGGAAUCUCGAAUUGUGGGGGGCGGGGCUGCCCAGAGGGGGCAGUGGCCGUGGCAGGUGAGCCUCCGGGAGCGUGGCCAGCAUGUGUGUGGGGGCUCCCUCAUCAGCCGUCAAUGGGUACUGACUGCGGCCCACUGUGUGCCCAGCUCCCUGAAUCCCCGGGACCUGCAGAUCCAACUGGGGGAACAGAUCCUCUAUACCAAGCCCCGCUACUCCAUCUUAGUUCCUGUGCGUCACAUAGUGUUGCACCCCCAUUAUGACGGGGAUGCCCUUCAUGGAAAAGACAUGGCAUUGCUGAAGAUCACAAGACCUGUACCUUUCUCCAACUUCAUCCAGCCCAUCACUCUGGCCCCACCUGGGACUCGGGUCCCCCAGAAGACCCUGUGCUGGGUGACUGGCUGGGGGGAUAUCUGGAAAAAUGUGCCCCUGCCUCGGUCCUACCCGCUGCAAGAGGUAGACGUGCGCAUCGUGGACACACAGACAUGCCGCGUCCUCUACGAUCCGGAGCCCAUCGGAGAUGCGAUGCUGUGCGCUGGCCAAGGCCAAGGGCGUAAGAGCUUCUGUGAUGGAGACUCUGGGGGCCCUCUUGUCUGUCAAGGAAGGAACAGAAGGUGGCUCCAGGUGGGUGUGGUGAGUUUCACCCGGGGCUGUGCUGAGCCUCAAUUUCCAGGCGUGUACUCCAGGGUGUCAUCCUUCGUGCCCUGGAUCCGUCAGUACGUGCCUCUGCCCCCUGCAUCGGCGUGACUCCCCCGAGCUCUGGGGACCUCGGAAUCCUGACACCGUUUUCCCAUGGCUGCUCUUCCUGUCUUCCUCUCCCCAUCCUCGUCUCUGCCUGGAGUCCCUCCUGCUCUCCUCAGUUCUCCUAGUCUAGCUCCUAUGUUCCCUGCCCCCUGCACUUGCCUCCAUCACAGCCCCAUUCAUGCCCUGGGCCCAAGCAUCAGGAAGAGAAAAACAAGCUCAAGUGGAGGGGCUCAGGGGAAAAGAAGAGAGAUUUGGCACACGGAAAGGAGCCGAGAAUUGAUGGGUAAAGAUUUCCUGGUCCGGAGGUGCUCCCUGGCUGUGGGCUGAACUGGGAGUGGGAUGAGGCAGAAUAAAGGCAAGGGGAGGGCCAAUGGACACAGACGGAGUGGGUAGAAGGACGGGGGUCCCACUAUCUUCUAAAAAAGGAAUUAAACUAUUAAACUGUCUGCAAAGAAACCUCCUUCUGCGUCAGCUCCAUCAACCUUCUAAUGGCCUGGUAGUUCCUGAAU